AUGGCGACGUCUAAACUUACACUUACAUCUACAGCAUCCCUCCCUGGAUCCUCGAGGACGAUUCCGAUGCUAGGCUUCGGUGUUUAUCUCUCUUCCAAAUGCCGGGCCUCAACUCUCCAUGCCUUCCAAACCGGCUACCGUCAUAUCGACACCGCGCAGUACUAUGACAACGAAAAGGAAGUUGGCGAAGCAAUCCGUGAUUCAAAGCUCCCUCGCUCCGAGAUCUUCGUCACAAGCAAGAUACUCAGCCCAGGCAAGGAUGUCGACUCUACAUACAAGAAGGUCGCGGACAGCGUCACGAAGAUUGCCGGGGUGGAGGGAUACGUUGACCUGUUCUUGAUACAUAGCCCGAAUGGCGGGGCAGAGGCCAGGAAACUGAUGUGGCUGGCGCUGGAGAAGGCGAAGAAGGAAGGGAGGGUCAGGGAUAUUGGCGUGAGUAACUAUGGCAUCGGACAUAUAGAAGAGAUCAAGAAGUUCGGAGAGACCUGGCCGCCCGCUGUGAACCAAAUCGAGUUACAUCCCUGGGCCCAGCAGCGCGAAGCCGUCGAAUACUGCCGAAAGAACAACGUCGUGAUUGAGGCGUACUGCCCCGUCGUCCGGAACCGGAAGGCAGACGACAAGACCGUUGCUGGAAUAGCCGAGAAGCACGGAAAGACUGCAAACCAAGUGCUCAUCCGUUGGAGUCUACAAAAGGGGUUCGUGCCACUUCCGAAGAGCGAUACGCCUUCGAGGAUAGAAGAGAAUGCCAAUCUUUUCGGCUUCGAACUUGAUGAAGGUGAUAUGGGAAAGUUAGAUGACUUGGAUCAGGGGGCAGCGGGUGCGAUUGUGCAAGCUGUCAAAAACAAUUAG